AUGACGUCAUUCGCGUCGACGCACAAGAGAUGACAUGAAAUCCUCUGUUGUUUUCGGCGUUUAAUCCGUGAAUAUAAAUGGCGUCCAAACGUCACGCGAUUGCAUUGUUCGCCAAUUUCGCCGAAUCGGCCGAUGAAUUGUCUUUCGCUCGCGGCGAUCGUCUCGACGUCUUGUCGGCGGCCGCAGCGCCCGGUUGGUGGUUAUGUUGUCGGGAAGACGGUCAGACGGGUCUGGCACCGGCCAACAGACUUCGACUUUCUUUAACCGAAAUAUCAAACUCUGAAACCCUUUACGACAUUCCGAGACACGCUCUACAAGACUAUGACAUUCCUCUGGCGGCUAAACUCCGUGUUUCCGACUCGUCUUCUGACGUCUCGAACGACGGAAAAGACGACGAAUUGGAAAACACUUCAGAAGAGUUCGAACGACGGAUCGAUUGUUGCGACGUCUCGGACGACGCGACGGACGACGCCCUCGAGUACGCCGUUCCCGCCAACAAUCGCCGAGUUGAGGCACUCGAGUACGACGUCCCGAAAGGUCGAGUGUCUGUUUGUGACCGAAUUGAGACAAAUAUGAGGUCUUCUGAGUCGCCGUUUGAGACGGAAGUGGAAGAAGAAGAACACAAAUACGCUCAACUUUUGUCGAAUAGAAAACCGAUUUUCACUCAAAAUAAAGACAAUUCUUAUGCUAUUUAUCGUCCACUAUUGCGGACAUCUGCACGCCAUUUGGUGCUGAGUUCAGACGCGUUGUUGUCGUGGAUCCGAUCGAAUGGGUUUCUAGUGGCCAGAGGGGCGUUGUUAAAUUCGGCAAAAAAACUAUUGAUUUCUGGAUUUCAAACUCUUUUUUUGAGACAAACAGUCGUCGUCCGGGACGACGGCGAGGACGACGACAGCGGUCUUCACGAGGCUUUACGUCGAUUAUCGCAAGCAUUGGUUCGUUGUUGUGGCACAAGUCGAGCGCUUCCAGACGCACGUUCAAUAUCUGAAGCCGGAUCAGCUGUGCGAUCAUUGCGUGGAAUAGCGGUUAAAAUGUUAGACAAUUAGGAGUAUAAGGACUACAGUUUUUAAUCGAAUAAAUCGCAACGGAAUAUAUUACAAAUGAAGCGGUGCUG